GGCUUUGCAUUCGUUUUCUGGAAGAUCCUGGACGUGGCCACGUUUCCACACACACCCGCCUUAAUACGUUUUAAUUAACAUUGCAUUUUGAAAAGCGCAAGCUUCUCUUUUUCUGUCUCGGCUUGCACGACGUCUAAUGCAACUGCACUGUGUGUGCGCAAAGGCCGGAAGCUGCGUGUGCAAAGCCGGAAAAAGCGUGCUGCUACUCGUUGCCAGACGUCAGGAGAACCAGUGACAUUCAGAGGACCUUUUUAAUAAGAUUUGAAGGAUACGGUUGGAACAGCUACCCACUCAAAAUUUCCCAACUGUUGCUGAAAGUCUUUUGCUCUUGAGAACGUGGGGGAAAGACUUGAGGGAAGGGGGAAAUGGCAAAUCCUUUGAAACAAGUUUUUAAUAAAGACAGGACCUUCCGCCCCAAGCGGAAGUUUGAGCCAGGGACUCAGCGCUUCGAACUCCAUAAGAAGGCCCAGGCGUCACUCAACGCCGGGUUGGAUUUGAAAUUGGUGGUCCAGUUGCCGUCUGGUGAGGAGCUUCAUGACUGGGUGGCGGUUCACGUGGUGGACUUCUUUAACCGCAUCAACCUCAUCUAUGGGACCGUCAGUGAUUACUGUACAGAGAAGUCGUGUCCAGUCAUGUCCGGGGGCCCGAAGUACGAAUACCGUUGGCAGGAUGAAAAGUAUCGUAAGCCCACAGCCCUCUCGGCCCCCAAAUACAUGAACCUCCUCAUGGAUUGGAUUGAGGUGCAGAUAAAUAACGAGGAGCUGUUCCCCACAAAUGUUGGGACUCCAUUUCCCAAAAACUUCCUCCAGGUGGUUAAAAAGAUUCUGUCUAGGCUCUUCCGGGUUUUCGUCCAUGUCUACAUUCACCAUUUUGACCGGAUCGCCCAGAUGGGCUCUGAGGCCCACGUGAACACCUGUUACAAGCACUUCUACUAUUUUGUGAAAGAGUUCAACCUCAUAGAUACCAAGGAGCUGGAACCACUGAAGGAAAUGACUUCGCGGAUGUGCCAUUGACAUUCUGGGACUUCCCUGCUCUUCCCUGGACAAUUCCCACUCCUCAUCUGUCUUACUGUGGAACCGCCUUCUGCUAGAGACAGCAUAGUGAUCUUAGAAGUGUUUCCCUUUUUUAAAAAAAGAAAAUAAUAUAUUUUUAAACAAGCUUUUUUCCAAGAUUUCUUAGAACUCACUGUGGAAAUAUUUUAUGAAAUGCUUCAGGUUGUUAGAUUAUUAUUUUUUUAAAAAAUUAGAAAUUUAUCUGCCACUGAUUGGGAUUGCAACUUUUUAAAACUUUUGUUGAAAUAAUGCGUGUUAAGUUCGCAAGUCACUUUCAUCUUGCGUUUGUGAGGGUUGGGGGGUGCUACUUCUAGGGACCUGGGAUACUGUGCAUUGUUUAGAAGGAUUUGUGGUGCACCUCUCGGGUGGCGUGGUGAAGGCUAGCAAAAUGUCACAUGUACAUGUUUUUUAAAACCACUUGGAACUGUGUUUAUGCCCACUGCUGGAAAUACUAUAAUGCGUAAUAAUAAAGUGUCUCAGCACUGUGUGUCUCCCUGUGACAUCUCUUGUCAUCUUCAGUUGUCUAGGUGAUUCUAUAUUGUGGGGGUUUCCAUCCUUGAAGAGUUACUGGUGCUUGGAUCCAGAGUGGGUUGGGUGUGCUUUUUAAUCUUGAGCAGUGCCAAAAAACAGUUUGAUUCUGGACUUGCUUAGCCUGUCUUGGCCAAAUAUCCUUUGUGCCUCACAAUACACAGUGCCUCUUUCUCUUGAAAAAACGAAAGUGUCCCUUUCGCUUUCCUCCAGAGAGGGAAUUUCUACAGACCAGUGAAAGUUUCCAAUCUUGUGCGUCAGCAAAUUCCUUGAUCUUUAAGAUGUAUGGGUGCCCAGCUGCUGGAUUGUAAUAGGGGGCUUUGGCACAGGGACUUCACACACAAAAAUCUACCAAGUUAACAUCAAAAGGUGCGAUCAGAUUCCUAGAAGGACCUGUGACCUGACACAGUAGGGCUGCCAGGUUGCCUCCUUACCUCUCCUUGGUUAGUUUCAAACCCUUUUCAAACUCUUUUUAAAAUUGCCAGCGGGCAACUUUGCCAUAUCAUUCCUUGCCGUGCGGGAUACGUGGGCCAAAGGGAAAGAUAGCACCAGUCACCGCAAGCAUUUCUCUGCCUACGGUCAUGGGGGCAUGAAGUGGCUCUGCGGCACUCAGUGCUGCCUGGUAUGAAAAGGACAGUGUACUGGUUGAGAAAUAUUUGAAGUUUGUUUUUGUUGAGGGGCCAUUUGCAGAGAAGAGGAUGCAUCCCCUCUGCCGCUCACAUCUCUUGAAAAUUCAGAUCCCAGCACCACAAGGAAGAUAUCCCAGACACUGACUUCUGGAGGCAUCAGAUGGAAAAGUGGUCGGUUGAGUACGACUUGAUACGAGAUUUCUUAAAAUAUUUGUGUGUGAUAUGUCUGUGUGCGCAGAGAAUGAAAAAGAGAACUGGAUUGAUUCGAGGCUGUUGAACAUGGGGGUGGGGGAACCAAACGGCCUUGUACAUUGUGUUGAAUCUACAGCAGGAGCUAAAAACAAAAAUUCUCCCAAGCUUGGGACUCGCCCAGUUGCUGGCAGUGAAGGUUGUUGCCCAAAGACGGUGAAAAGCCUUAAAUUUGAAGUUGGUGGGAGCUGCUGAGAUUUGGAGGAGAAAAGAGCUGCAGCUGGUGAAAAAAGGUGACAAUUUAGUUGAAAUGAAAGUGGGAAAUGUAUUUGAAUCACAUCGAAUGUUAAAAAGGCACCUGGUCUUGUGUUGCUUGAUUGUGCAAUGUGUAUUUUUAAUCUGAGGUUAAAAGUGCUUGCGUGCAGGGACUGGAGUCCAUUCUCUCUUGGUGAAAAUUCCUUUUAAUAAAGCAGUUUACCCCAACACAAGAAAACCUGAUCGAAAAAAUACUCGAGACAGCUGAAAUGGAUAAAGUCUCAAGUUUAUUGAAAGAUGUUGAUAUUAUACCACAUAAUGACAUUUGGGAGCCAAUGUACACCUGGAUACAGAAGAGGAUUGAAGAAACCUAGUUUUUAAUCAAGAUGAAGACCUUUAUGGACAAUAACUAAAAAUAAAUGGAAAAAUAGAAAAUAAUAGCUGAGCCGCAGAACAUAAAGAGGUAUCUGUAAUAAGAAUUAUGAGUUUGAAACAUAUUAGAUUGAACGAUGCAAUGUGUUAAAUUUAUAAACAUAUGAAUUUUUCUUCCCCCUCCCUUCUAUUCUGUAUCCCACAUCUGUUAUAAAAAAAUAAA